CUCUUUGAACGCGUGUCUUUGACGCCAAUCUUCGGCAAGUGCUCGUUCACUGCUUACACAGACGGAGCUUUUCGAAGCUCCUAGAAAGUCCUCGCAAUAAUAGAAGUUAAAAAGGCACCAAGGAUGAAAGACCUGCAAUCUAUUCAGAUGCAAGAGACGGCCGAAAUGGUCGGCUGGUUGAGGCAAUUUGAGAUAGACCAAAAGUUCAUGAACAACCAUCCUGUAAUUAUAUCCCAGGAUCACAAUAAACUCUACAUCACAUUUUCCUCAUACCACGAUGAUUACCUUUGCUAUCUAAAGGACGAAAAUGCAGAUAUUACUAAAGACACGUACUUGUGUCUACAGACAUAUGGGCCAUUUUUAACCUUUAGCAAGAAACAUAUGACGGAUUUUGCAGUUCUUGUUGUUGGGAUGACUCUAGCCGCAAAUGCGGCUUAAUACAGUAAGUAGUUAUUGUUUAUACAGUAGCUACUAAUGUAGAGAAGGCAU